UAAUGCCCAAGCAAUGAUUAAAUUUCAUUACAUAUUGUUGCUGUUUAUGGUUUCAAUUUCGAAAGAAAUUCAUGCACACAUCGGUGGAGAGAUGAGAUCGUUUACAAUCGAUUACGACCACGAUAAAUUCUUGAUGAAUGGCAAACCAUUUCGUUUCAUAUCAGGAUCAUUUCACUACUUUCGUGCUCUUCCUGGCUCCUGGCGACACAUAUUGCGCUCAAUGCGAGCAGCUGGACUAAACGCAGUAAUGACUUACAUCGAAUGGUCCACUCAUGAACCAAAAGAAGGUGAAUACAAAUGGGACGGUAUUGCAAAUAUCGAACAGUUUAUUCGCAUAGCAGAAGAGGAGGACCUGUUCGUUAUACUACGACCUGGACCGUACAUUUGCGCGGAGCGAGACAUGGGCGGAUUCCCAUACUGGCUGUUGACCAAGCAUCCCAAUGUAAAACUUCGAACAUAUGAUUCGGAUUACUUAAAAGAGGUUGAAACAUGGUAUGGCGCAUUGAUGCCCCGCAUUGAAACUCACUUGUUUGGAAAAGGAGGACCUGUAAUAAUGGUGUCAAUUGAGAAUGAAUACGGGUCUUUUUCUGCAUGCGAUAGUAAAUAUUUAUUAUUCCUGAAGAACUUAACAGAAAGCUAUGUGCAGGAUUACGCUGUGCUUUUUACUAAUGACGGACCAGAUCAACUACGUUGUGGGAGAAUUCCUGGAGUUCUUGCUACUUUGGAUUUCGGAUCAACAAGCAACUCUGAUCGACACUGGCAAAUGCUGCGCAAGAACCAACCUAAGGGACCGCUAGUAAACACCGAGUUCUAUCCCGGCUGGCUGACUCACUGGAUGGAACCGAUGACUCGUGUAGCGGUCGGUCCAGUAGCUGAUACCCUUCGCGCCAUGUUGGCAAAAGGAGCUAAUGUAAAUUUUUACAUGUUUUUUGGAGGAACCAACUUCGCUUUUACAGCAGGGGCCAACGACGGAGGACCGGGGAAGUUUAAUACUGACAUCACAUCGUAUGACUAUGAUGCCCCUUUGGACGAAUCUGGUGAUCCGACGCCAAAAUAUCACGCUCUUAGAAGUGUUAUAUUGGAGUAUAUAGAAAACCCAGGGUUACCCGUACCAGAAAAACUUCCGAAAAUGAUAUUACCGCCAAUCCAAUUGAAUAAGUAUGGAACCUUAUUAUCCAACGAAGCGCGCCAGUUACUAGGACUAUGUAUCCACUACAACGAACGAACAUUAGGAUUUGAAGCUUUAAACCAGCAUUCUGGGCUGGUUCUUUACGAAGCAAAUAUUCCAAGUGGAAUGAAUCGCGAUCCAAUGGCGUUAAGUGUAACCAACCUUCGAGAUCGUGCUUACGUACACGUUGAUAAUAAAUUCAUUGGUGUCUUGUCUAGGGAAAACGCCAUUUACUCACUGCCAAUCACCAUAGGAAUAGGAAACCGACUACAAUUGUUUGUAGAGAACCAAGGACGCAUCAAUUACAACAUUGCAAACGAUUUCAAAGGCAUACUAGGAUCCGUUACACUAGAUGGAAACGAAGUGCUAAAUUGGACAAUGACUGGUUUUCCGUUGGAUGACUAUUCAUUGUUACAAAAUUAUGUAAACCAGUACAGUAGAUAUGAUACAGAAUCAACUAGGCAUACCUCCAUUCAGAUCUUUCAUGGAACAUUUGUCAUUACGACUGACAAAAUCUACGACACAUAUAUUAAUCCUUCUGGAUGGGGUAAAGGAUUAAUUUUCAUAAAUGGAUUUAAUUUGGGUAGGUAUUGGCCACUGGUAGGACCUCAAGUAACAUUGUACCUCCCAAGGCACAUACUUGUUCAGGGAAAUAACACAAUAAUUAUAGUUGAAUAUCAGAAAUAUAUGCAGGAAGAUUCGGUCAUCACGUUUUCUAAGGAACCUAGAUUUGAUGGACCAUGA